UAUUGUGUAAUGUUUCUUUCUAUCUGUCUCGGUUUCGACAUCGACCUGUUUCUGCACAGCUUUUCUGGAAAAUGCUGCAGCUGUUAAACUCAAGUCCAUCAUUUUUAUCUCGGAGCGUCUGACUAGUGUUACAUCAGCAAGUCUCUGAGGAAGUGAUGGGUGUUGAACACAGAGCGUUGUUCAGUCAGUCAGUCAUUACAGGGACAGUAUGGAGUUUGGGUCGCUCUCUGUGAUACUCUUGCAGAUUGUCUUCCUCCACUGUGGACAAACUCAGGAUGAACCAGGAAGUGAUAGUGAUGCACCUGGGUCAGAAAACAACAGCUCUGUCUACACUGGAGACACAGUUACUCUGAUCUGUGAGGAAAGGUCUACUGGAUGGAAGUUUCUCUGGCACAAAAGCUCUUUACAGCCUCAGAGUCCUACAGAUGAAGACUCCAGCACAUUCAGAGUAACAGUGUCUGAUGAAGAAACAGCAGAGUUUAUAUGUGCAGCACGCAGAAGAGACUACAGCACACAGACCAGUGAUCCAGUCGAGACAACAGUUAAAGUGCUGAUUGUACUCGGCCACUGUGGACAAACUCAAAAGAAAUCAAAAGGCAAAGAAACCAGGGAAACUGAGAACCACAGAGAACCUGAGGGGGAGGAACAUCAAAGCUCUGUCUGCACUGGAGACACAGUUACUCUGAUCUGUGAGGUGGAGUCUACUGGAUGGGAGUUUCUCUGGCGCAAAAGCUCUCCGCAAUUACAGCCUCAGAGUACUGAAGAUAAAGGCACCAACACAGUGGAUGUAACAGUGUCUGACGAAGAAACAACAAAGACUAAAUGUGCAGCACUCAGAGGAGACUACAGUACACAGCUCAGUGAUUCAGCCAAGAUUACAAUUAAAGAAAAACCCAAUCUGACUGUCAGCGUGGGUCCUCAGAGCUCUGUCUACACUGGAGACACAAUUACUCUGACCUGUAAGGUAAAGCAGUCUAUUGGAUGGGAGUUUCUCUGGUAUAAUGGCUCUCAGCAAUUACAGCCUCUGAAUACUGCAGAUAAAGACACCAACACAGUCAGUGUAACAGUGUCUGAUGGAGGAACAGCAGAGUUCAGAUGUGAAGCACACAGAGGAAUCUAUUACACACAGCUCAGUGAUCAAGUCAUUAUUACAGUUAAAGAGAGACCAAGAGCUGUGGUGUCCAUACAGCCUGGUGAUCAGGUGUUUAUAGGAGAGACUGUCACUCUCACAUGUGACAUACAGGGAGGAGGAGUCUCUAACUGGCAGUACAGCUGGUUUAAAGAUGAUCCAAACAGACCUGUCAGUAAUGAACAGCAGUACAGUAUCAGCCCUGUUACAGAGUCUCACAGAGGAAAAUACACCUGUAGAGGAACAGUGAGAGGAACAUCACGCUCCUCACACACCAGUGAUGUUACACUGACUGUAUCAGCUUUACCCACAGCUACACUGACCGUAGAACCCAGAUGGAGUCCUGUGUUCAUUGGAGAGUCAGUGACUCUGAAGUGUGAGAUACAAUCUCAGAGUAACUGGAGAUAUCAGUGGUAUAAAGGCAGCAGUGGAACUGCAGUCAGUCAGUCUCAGACAAACACCUUCACCAUCAGAUCAGCAGCAGAUCAGGAUCAGUACUGGUGUAGAGGAGAGAGAGAUAACAGACCCACAUCAUCACAAGACAGCAACACUGUUACUCUCAGAGUGAAAGAGAGACCAAGAGCUGUGGUGUCCAUACAGCCUUACGAUCAGGUGUUCAGUGGAGAGACUGUCACUCUCAGAUGUGACAUACAGGGAGGAGGAGUCUCUAACUGGCAGUACAGCUGGUUUAAAGGUGAUUCAUACACUCCUGUCAGUAAUGAACAGCAGUACAGUAUCAGCUCUGUUACAGAGUCUGACGGAGGAACAUACACCUGUAGAGGAACAGAGAGAGGAACAUCACGCUCCUCACACACCAGUGAUGCUGUUACACUGACUGUAUCAGCUUUACCCACAGCUACACUGACUGUAGAGCCCACAUGGAGUCCUGUGUUCACUGGAGAGUCAGUGACUCUGAAGUGUGAGAUACAGUCUCACAGUAACUGGAGAUAUCAGUGGUAUAAAAGCAGCAGUAGAACUGCAGUCAGUCAGUCUCUGACAAACACCUUCACCAUCAGAUCAGCAGCAGAUCAGGAUCAGUACUGGUGUAGAGGAGAGAGAUAUUACAGACCCAAAUCAUCACAACCCAGCAACACUGUUACUCUCACAGUGACAGAGAGACCAAGAGCUGUGGUGUCCAUACAGCCUGAUUGGGUGUUCAGAGGAGAGAUUGUCACUCUCAGAUGUGACAUACAGGGAGGAGGAGUCUCUAACUGGCAGUACAGCUGGUUUAAAGAUGGUUCAUCCACUCCUGUCAGUAAUGAACAGCAGUACAGUAUCAGCUCUGUUACAGAGUCUCACAGAGGAAAAUACACCUGUAGAGGAACAGUGAGAGGAACAUCACGCUACUCACACGCCAGUGAUGCUGUUACACUGACUGUAUCAGCUUUACCCACAGCUACACUGACCGUAGAACCCAGAUGGAGUCCUGUGUUCACUGGAGAGUCAGUGACUCUGAAGUGUGAGAUAGACUAUUACAGUGACUGGGGAUAUCAGUGGUAUAAAGGCAGCAGUAGAACUGCAGUCAGUCAGUCUCAGACAAAUACCUUCACCAUCGGAUCAGCAGCAGAUCAGGAUCAGUACUGGUGUAGAGGAGAGAGAGAUAACAGACCCACAUCAUCACAAGACAGCAACACUGUUACUCUCAGAGUGACAGAGAGACCAAGAGCUGUGGUGUCCAUACAGCCUUACGAUCAGGUGUUCAGAGGAGAGACUGUCACUCUCAGAUGUGACAUACGGGGAGGAGGAGUCUCUAACUGGCAGUACAGCUGGUUUAAAGAUGAUCCAUACACACCUUUCAGUAAUGAACAGCAGUACAGUAUCAGCUCUGUUAGAAAGUCUGACAUUGGAAAAUACACCUGUAGUGGAACAGAGACAGGAACAUCACGCUACUCACACACCAGUGAUGCUGUUACACUGACUGUAUCAGAGAGACCAAGAGCUGUGGUGUCCAUAAAGCCUGAUGAUCAGGUGUUCAGAGGAGAGACUGUCACUCUCAGAUGUGACAUACAGGGAGGAGGAGUCUCUAACUGGCAGUACAGCUGGUUUAAAGAUAGUUCAUCCAUUCCUGUCAGUAAUGAACAGCAGUACAGAAUCAGCUCUGUUAGAAAGUCUGACAUUGGAACAUACACCUGUAGAGGAACAGAGAGUGGAACAUCACGCUCCUCACACACCAGUGAUGCUGUUACACUGACUGUAACAGCUUUACUCACAGCUACACUGACUGUAGAGCCCAAACGGAGUCCUGUGUUCACUGGAGAGUCAGUGACUCUGAAGUGUGAGAUACAGUCUCACAGUGACUGGAGAUAUCAGUGGUAUAAAGGCAGCAGUAGAACUGCAGUCAGUCAGUCUCAGACAAACACCUUCACCAUCAGAUCAGCAGCAGAUCAGGGUCAGUACUGGUGUAGAGGAGAGAGAGAUAACAGACCCUCAUCAUCACAACGCAGCAACAAUGUUACUCUCACAGUGACAGAGAGACCAAAAGCUGCGGUGUCCAUACAGCCUGAUAAUCAGGUGUUCAGAGGAGAGACUGUCACUCUCAGAUGUGACAUACAGGGAGGAGGAGUCUCUAACUGGCAGUACAGCUGGUUUAAAGAUGGUUCAUCCAUUCCUGUCAGUAAUGAACAGCAGUACAGUAUCAGCUCUGUUACAGAGUCUCACAGAGGAAAAUACACCUGUAGUGGAACAGAGAGAGGAACAUCACGCUCCUCACACACCAGUGAUGCUGUUACACUGACUGUAUCAGCUUUACUCACAGCUACAGUGACUGUAGAGCCCAAAUGGAGUCCUGUGUUCACUGGAGAGUCAGUGACUCUGAAGUGUGAGAUACAGUCUCACAGUGACUGGAGAUAUCAGUGGUAUAAAGGCAGCAGUAGAACUGCAGUCAGUCAGUCUCAGACAAACACCUUCACCAUCAGAUCAGCAGCAGAUCAGGGUCAGUACUGGUGUAGAGGAGAGAGAGAUUACAGACCCUCAUCAUCACAACGCAGCAACAAUGUUACUCUCACAGUGACAGAGAGACCAAAAGCUGCGGUGUCCAUACAGCCUGAUAAUCAGGUGUUCAGAGGAGAGACUGUCACUCUCAGAUGUGACAUACAGGGAGAAGGAGUCUCUAACUGGCAGUACAGCUGGUUUAAAGGUGAUCCAUACAGACGUGUCAGUAAUGAACAGCAGUACAGAAUCAGCUCUGUUACAGUGUCUCACAGUGGAACAUACACCUGUAGUGGAACAGAGAGAGGAACAUCACGCUACUCACACACCAGUGAAGCUGUUACACUGACUGUAUCAGAGAGACCAAAAGCUGCGGUGUCCAUACAGCCUGAUGAACAGGUGUUCAGAGGAGAGACUAUCACUCUCAGAUGUGACAUACAGGGAGGAGGAGUCUCUAACUGGCAGUACAGCUGGUUUAAAGAUGGUUCAUCCACUCCUGUCAGUAAUGAACAGCAGUACACUAUCAGCUCUGUUACAGCGUCUCACGGAGGAACAUACACCUGUAGAGGAACAGUGAGAGGAACAUCACGCUACUCACACACCAGUCAAGCCGUUACACUGACUGUAUCAGCUUUACCCACAGCUACACUGACCGUAGAACCCAGAUGGAGUCCUGUGUUCACUGGAGAGUCAGUGACUCUGAAGUGUGAGAUACAGUCUCACAGUAACUGGAGAUAUCAGUGGUAUAAAGGCAGCAGGAGAACUGCAGUCAGUCAGUCUCUGACAAACACCUUCACCAUCAGAUCAGCAGCAUAUCAGGAUCAGGAUCAGUACUGGUGUAGAGGAGAGAGAGAUAACAGACCCACAUCAUCACAACCCAGCAACACUGUUACUCUCAGAGUGAAAGAGAGACCAAGAGCUGUGGUGUCCAUACAGCCUGAUGAUCAGGUGUUCAGUGGAGAGACUGUCACUCUCAGAUGUGACAUACAGGGAGGAGGAGUCUCUAACUGGCAGUACAGCUGGAUUAAAGAUGGUUCAUCCACUCCUAUCAGUAAUGAACAGCAGUACAGUAUCACCUCUGUUACAGAGUCUGACGGAGGAACAUACAACUGUAGAGGAACAGAGAGAGGAACAUCACGCUACUCACACACCAGUGAUGCUGUUACACUGACUGUAUCAGCUUUACCCACAGCUACACUGACUGUAGAGCCCAGAUGGAGUCCUGUGUUCACUGGAGAGUCAGUGACUCUGAAGUGUGAGAUAAACUCUUACAGUUACUGGAGAUAUCACUAUGACUGGAGAUAUCAGUGGUAUAAAGGCAGUAGUAGAACUGCAGUCAAUCAGUCUCAGACAAACACCUUCACCAUCAGAUCAGCAGCAGAUCAGGAUCAGUACUGGUGUAGAGGAGAGAGAGAUUACAGACCCACAUCAUCACAAGACAGCAACACUGUUACUCUCACAGUGAAAGCUUUACCCACAGCUACACUGACUGUAGAACCCAGAUGGAGUCCUGCGUUCACUGGAGAGUCAGUGACUCUGAAGUGUGAGAUAGACUCUUACAGUGACUGGAGAUAUCAGUGGUAUAACUGGAGAUAUAAGUGGUAUAAAGGCAGCAGUAGAACUGCAGUCUAUCAGUCUCAUACAAACAUCAUCACCAUCGGAUUAGCAGCAGAUCAGGAUCAGUACUGGUGUAGAGGAGAGAGAGAUUACAGACCCACAUCAUCACAAGACAGCAACACUGUUAUUCUCACAGUGACAGAGAGACCAAGAGCUGUGGUGUCCAUAGAGCCUGAUGAUCAGGUGUUCAGUGGAGAGAAUGUCACUCUCAGAUGUGACAUACAGGGAGGAGGAGUCUCUAACUGGCAGUACAGCUGGUAUAUAGAUGGUUCAUCCACUCCUGUCAGUAAUGAACAGCAGUACAAUAUCAGCUCUGUUACAGCGUCUCACAGAGGAACAUACACCUGUAGAGGAACAGAGAGAGGAACAUCACGCUACUCACACACCAGUGAAGCCGUUACACUGACUGUAUCAGAAAAACCUAAACCUGAACUCACAUCAAGCCACAAAGUAGCUGGAUUGAUAGGAAAUCCAAUGGUUCUGUACUGCAAACUGGAUCAGUCUGCUGGAUGGAGGUUUUACUGGUCCAAACACACACAGAGCCCUGAGAAUGAGACCAAGACUGAAACACACUCCUACACCAUCAGCUCAGUCAGUGUCUCUGAUGGAGGACAGUACUGGUGCAGAGCUGGGAGAGGAACCCCAGUCUACUACACUCACUACAGUGAUGCUCUCUGGAUAAACGUCACUGGUGUGUCUCCUGAAGUCUCUCUGAUGGUCAGUCCCAGCAGAACUCAACACUUUAUUACUGACUCUCUCUCACUGAGCUGUGAGGGACAGAGCAACUCUACUGGAUGGAGAGUGAGACAAUACACACACAGUGAGGUGUCAGAUUGUUUAUCAGGCUGGGGAUCAAUUACAGGAUCUACAUGCAACAUCAGCUCCCUCAGCACAUCCCACACUGGAGUGUACUGGUGUGAUUCUGAAUCUGGAGAGAGCAGCAAUUUUGUCAACAUCACAGUGACCAAUGGUGCUGUGAUUCUGGACAGUCCUGUUCAUCCUGUGACUGAGGGAGAUCCUCUGACUCUGCGCUGUUUAUAUCGUGACCCAAAGCCCUCAAACCUCCCAGCUGAGUUCUAUAAGAAUGGAUCACUCCUCCAGACUCAGACUACAGGAGAGAUGACCAUCCGUACUGUCUCAAAGUCAGAUGAAGGUCUCUACCACUGUAAACACCCAGAGAAAGGAGAGUCACCGCAGAGCUGGAUCUCAGUCAGAGGUUCUAAUCGUGUAACAGUAAUAUUGGCAGCAGUGGCAUUAAGUUUAAUCCUGUUCCUCAUUGUUAUGCUAUGCCUGAUUUGUUGCUACAAGAAGAAGAAAGGAAAUAAGAAGAACACCAGUCAGACAUCAGGCCAGAGCCAGAAUACAGGAUCCACACUGCUGCAGCCAGGUAAUGAUCACAUUUAUGGCAAUGUUGGGGUCAUGGCCAACACAACCACAGAUGAUUCUGCAGCUGGCUCCAGUGAUACCACUUAUGCACAAGUUUUGUCUACUAAAAAGAAACCAAAUAGAAAAGGUGGUUCUGCAGCUGGCUGUAGUGAUGCCACUUAUGUACAAGUCAUGUCUACUGAAAAGAAACUGAAAGCAAAUGAUGAUUCUGCAGCUGGCUCCAGUGAUACCACUUAUGCACAUGUUUUGUCUACUAAAAAGAAACCAAAUAGAAAAGGUGGUUCUGCAGCUGGCUGUAGUGAUGCCACUUGUGUACAAGUCAUGUCUACUGAAAAGAAACUGAAAGCAAAUGACACUUCUAUUGUAGAUGAUUCUGCAGCUGGCUCCAGUGAUACCACUUAUGCACAAGUUUUGUCUACUAAAAAGAAACCAAAGAGAACAGAUGUUGCAGUGACAACACCAAAUGAUCUGACAUAUUCCCAAAUUCAGAUGAAACACUUGAAAAGCCACAGUGAAGAUGAUGUCAUGCCUGAGCCAAGUGAUACCAUUUACUCACAGAUUCAGGAGAAAAACAAGAAGCUCAAAGGCAAAGGUGCCUCGAAAUAUUCUGAAGCUGAACCCAGUGAUGUGACUUAUGCUGAACUUGAUCUGAAAGACAAGAAGCCAAUGAAAAAUCAGGUUAAAGGGAAGAGCAGAGAGGAAGCUGAUACUGUCUACUCACAACUAAAGACAAAGACGCACUUAAGAUUGAGAUCGAGAGCAAUCACUCCUGGGUGGAGUCUAAAAACAGCUGUGAAGUUCUUGCUCUUUGCAAAGCGCGAGAAGGUGUCCUACACAUGGAGCGGCUAUAAGACUGGAAGUGGAGCUGAACUACGCCUCACUCCCUCACCAGCAGAGGGAGAUGUUACACUGACCUGCACUGCAGCCAACAGUUACAGUAACAAUACUAAAACAACGAAAGUGACCUGCAAUCCCAGUCUGUGUGUUAGGGCUGAUGAGAACACAGUGACGGAGCACAGAGAUGCUGGGAGUUCCCUCACUUUACCACUCGGACAUCCAAAAGAAAACGUCUCAUAUGCACAGUGGAGAUAUGAAGGGAAGACAUUUGCAGUAUAUAUACAAGGACAAGUUCGCAUAACUGAUGAACUGCAGUUCAGUGGAAGACUGAAGGUGGACAGUGAUCAUCUGAGUGUAGAAGUCACAGAUCUUCAGCUCCAGGAUUCUGGAAGUUACUCCAUUAGUGCAGAUAAAAGUGGAGCGCAGCUACCAACAAAGAUAAUCAGUCUGACAGUCUAUGCUGAGUGCUUUCAUACAGCUUCAUCUUCCUUCUCAGUCUGUUUUUAAAGCCACGUUCAGGAAAGUGUAGAGCCAGUUUGUGCUUGUAUGCCUCAGACUCUAGAGGAAGAAUCACAUGUGCAUGUUCACUGGGAUUUUCUUCUGUAUGUGUAUUGAAAAUCUUUUAUAGUUUUUGACUGUUUACAAAUAUUUCACAGUACAGGGUCUCUGAUCUCCAACGUUCGCACACAUUGUCAAAACACUAAUACACAUAACAAGUUCUCCCAUAUUGAGAGCAAAAUAAACCUCUGACUUCAGAACCAUGAACAUUCUCUUAAAAUAAAAUAUUCACAAAAUACCAAACACGUC